GAGGCGCUUCCUCCCCAGCGCUUCGCCUCCGAGGCGGACUUGGCGGACAGGAGGGACAACCUCGCGGUGGCGCCUGCCCGGGAGAGCGUGCUGAGACUCAGCACCCACAGUCCGGUGCCGCCCCGCCGGCCGAACACCAGCAGGCGCAGCACUCUGAGCGUGAGCAGGGCAGUCCGCCGGCCGUUCAGCAGCAGCAAGUUUACCACUGAGGAAGUGGAGAGAAGGGUCAAGAGCGUCCUCUGGCAGCAGACAACGUCGGAGGGAACCGCCUGGGGAUGGGCCGAUUUCGUCGAAGGCCCGCGCUUCGAGAUGAUCAUGGCAGUGCUCAUCACGCUGAAUGCUAUGCAGAUGGCCCUUGAGGUUCAGCACUCGGGCCUCGUUCGCGGGUUCAAGCUCGGCUACCGCGACUACGCGAAGAACCCGGAUCCAUGGCCAGGGGCAGACGAGGUAUUCAAGCUGGCCAGCAUUUUCUUCGGUGUUGUCUUCACGUGCGAGGCGUGCCUCAAGAUUUCCGUCAUGCGCAGCGUUUUCUUCAAGUCGUAUUGGAACCUGUUCGACCUUUUCUUGGUCCUCUGCUUCCUCGUUGAGCUGGUGGGCUCGGUGGCGGCGAGUCUGGCCGAUACCACCGCCCUCCGCCUGGCCCGCCUGGCCCGUCUGGCCCGUCUGGCUCGCCUGGUCAAGCAGGUACGGAGCCUUGACGCGCUCUCCCUCAUGACCACCGCGCUCCAGAGCAGUGCGCUCGUUCUGGCCUGGUCGUGUAUCCUGCUCUUCAUGAUCCAGGCCGUGUUCGCCUUCUGCAUCAACCAGCUCCUCGACGAGUUCUAUUUCGGCGGCGACCACCCGCAUCAUGAGGAGGAAGAAGUCUUCAUCUAUUUUGGCAGCUUCUCCCGGGCGCUGCUCAGCACCUUUGAGAUGACGCUGGCGAACUGGCCCCCUGUUUGCCGCCUGCUGCAGGAGAAUGUGAACGAGUGGUUCAUGGUGGUCUGCCUGCUACACAAACUCACGGUCGGCUUUGCCGUCAUCGGAAUCACGUGA